AUCUCGCUAAUCAACUAACAUUAAAAAUAUUUUCCUAAUUAUUUUAACUAAUUACGCAGAGAAUUCGUACGAGAUAAAAUUCAAUACAGGGGCAGGUAGAGCAUGAAAAAUAUGGGAAGUGGCGAGUGAGUUUUCAGCAGGGCUGAAGGCACUCAAAUGGCGCGGUAUCAGAGCAGGGAGUCGGCUGUGCAGUGUCCUGUAUGUUCGCAACAAAUGGAGAGUUUUGAGAUCAAUUCCCACCUGGACCACUGUCUCGGCACGAAGACGGCGACAGGUAGCUCUAGAGAGGGGAGCGUGGGAUGCGGCGGCCAAGGGGAACCCGGCUGCAAGAAAGCACGUUUGUCCCCGGCGCUGGGUGAUGGAAUGUCGCCCGGUAGCGGGCGCGAGGCCGCUGCCCGGUCCCCGGCGCUGGGUGAUGGAAUGUCGCCCGGUAGCGGGCGCGAGGCCGCUGCCCGGUCCCCGGCGCUGGGUGAUGGAAUGUCGCCCGGUAGCGGGCGCGAGGCCGCUGCCCGGUCCCCGGCGCUGGGUAAUAGGAAGCAGGCCGGGAGCCGGCGCGCGACCGGCGGGGCGCAGCUCGUCAGCCGGCGCGAGGACCAGCCUCCGGUCUUCGCACUCUUUCAGAAAGCGCAAAGGCCACCAAUUCCAGCAGCCGCUUCUUCACCCAGGACGACUGUGCCGGAGUACCCGGGGCCAGAGAGCACUGCUGUCCCCUCUGCCGCACCUCCACAGCCCGCCGUUAUCAUCUCGGACGCGAGUCAGGAAGAUCGGAGGAAACUGGUGUCGUUAAAGGAACUUGAAGCAAUGCCACUGGCAGAAAUCAUGAGACCCUGUGUUUUAGCAGAGGUUAUUGGCCAAAGUAAAGUUUUGGGAGAAAACACGCUUCUGAGGACUCUGCUGGAAUGCUAUGAAAUCCCAUCCAUAAUUUUGUGGGGCCCUCCGGGAUGUGGGAAAACUUCAUUAGCCCAUGUUUUAGCAAACAACAGCAGAAAACAGAGCAGUACAAGAUUUGUCAGUCUUUCUGCUGCAAAUGCAACCGUAAAUAAUGUUCGGGAGGUGAUAAAACAAGCUCAGAAUGAACAAAAGCUACUCAAAAGAAAAACAAUUAUAUUCUUAGAUGAAAUUCAUCGCUUCAAUAAAACACAACAGGAUACUUUUCUGCCUCAUGUCGAGUGUGGGACAAUCACACUGAUUGGUGCAACAACAGAAAACCCUUCCUUUCAGAUCAAUGCAGCCCUGCUGAGUCGUUGCCGUGUCAUCGUUCUUGAGAAGCUGUCAGUAGAGGCUAUGGAAACUAUUCUGUUACGUGCUUUAAGCUCCCUUGGGAUCAGUAUACUAGGACAGGAUAAAGAAGCCGACUCUAUGGAUGGCUGCAAAGAGUCUGAAGUUCAGAUCUUUAUUGAGCCAGAAGCAGUACGGAGUGUUGCGUAUUUUUCUGAUGGUGAUGCAAGGGCAGCUUUAAAUGGACUUCACCUUGCAAUUCAGGCAAAGAUUGCAGAAGCGAAAAAACAACAGAACAAUAAUGGGCAACAAAGUACUCCAACAAGGAAGAUUAUUAUUAAAGAAACACAGAUAAAGGAGGGACUUCAAAGGUCACAUUUACUAUACGAUCGAGCAGGUGAGGAACAUUAUAAUUGUAUAUCAGCAUUACACAAAACCAUGCGGGCCUCAGAUGAGAAGUCUGCUCUCUAUUGGCUGGCCAGGAUGCUGGAAGGUGGCGAGGAUCCCCUAUAUGUUGCAAGGCGACUGAUACGAUUUGCCAGUGAAGAUAUAGGACUUGCGGAUCCUUUGGCUCUGACCCAGGCAGUAUCUGCUUACCAAGGCUGUCAUUUUAUAGGGAUGCCUGAAUGUGAGGUUAUUUUGGCACAAUGUGUAGCAUACCUAGCUAGAGCACCAAAGUCUGUUGAGAUUUACAGGGCAUACGAAGCUAUUAAGGAAUCUGUGAGGAAUCACAAGGGACCCUUGCCUUCUGUUCCACUGCAUCUACGGAAUGCCCCUACAAAACUCAUGAAGGAUCUUGGCUAUGGGAAGGGUUAUAAAUACCCUCCAGACAAUAAAAUGGAGGAUGGACCCUGUACAGCAACAGAGUAGGUGCUUUGUCAUCGUACUUUCAUUUUACCACAUCUGGUAAAGACAGUUGUAUUUGUUUUUGUCUACCUAAUGUUAAGGAAAUAAGGUACUGACCAACAAGAAAAAAAAGGAAUAUAUCCAAUGAACCAUGUUUCGUGUGUGGUCAAUACCUUCUGUCAAUUUCAUCAAUAGAGCAAGAUCUUUAUUGAAAUACUGUAAGACUUAAGAGACAUGACAGUCUGUGUAGGUCUGAAAGUCAACAGGGAGUCUCCUAGUCUGUUAUAUGCCACUUUUCUGAAUGUCCUUUUAGGCAUCAGAAUUCCUUCCCAGUUUGUGGUUCUCUCAGGGAAUGAUGAACAUUUUAAUGGAUUCAGAAAGAGAGAUAAAUAAAUAAAUUUAUACAAUUAAAUUACACUACACUACCACAGGUUUUAUCUAAAAUUGUGGUAGUGAUUUAAACAAAAAAGCCCCUUCAGAAUAAGAACGGUUUUUAUCAUACAGUUAUUACAUGCCAUGUUCUUGAAGUGAACAGGACCCCAUAAAUAAGAAAAAGUAAAUUAAAUACAGGGAGGAAAAUAGGUCACCAAAUUAUUCUGUAUUAAUAAUUUAUUUGCCAGUGAAUUGAAUUCAGACUGAAUUUCUGCGUUGCUGAAAUGUUGCACAGGUGCUCAUAGAAGAUACUUAACCACUAAUUUUGUGAUCUUUCUGAUUAAGAGAGUCCGGAGUGGUUAGUGUUUGAAAUGGAAUUUAUUUUUAGUUUAGCAUGGGAUGCCAUUGACCUAAAUGUUGAAUGUUCAUAACUAGCCAUUCUUGGUGUUUCGCUUUACUUUCCCAGGAACUUGAUAGGAAAAAAACUAGAUCCUGCUUGUUGAAAUGAGUUAAACUAUUCCCAACUUCUGGGCUAUAUUAUUACAGUUAAUUGGCUGAGAAUACAAUGUGAAAAGAAAUAUCAUUAUUGUUCUGUUCGAAAUUGAAUGUUAUUCUUCAGCGUAAAAAAAAUAUUUGCCAUCUUUCUGUUUGUAAAAUUUAAAACUUUAUGAAUUGUACAUUUUCUGUAUUGUCCAUUAUAUUUUUGGUAAUGUCAUAUAUAUUUUGGUAAAAUACAACAGAAGUUAUAGUUUGAAUAUUUCUUGAAAUUGUUUCAUAUUAUUGUCAAGUUUUGUUUGUGUUUCAUUACUAGCUCGUUUAAUACAAAUUAAAUGUGAUAUGCCAAGCAUCGUAUCAACAGUAUUAUCUUAAAAGAAGACUAUUUAUGUUCUGUGUAAAACUGAUAGAGGAGAUGAGUUGCUGAAGUCCAUUAUAACCUUCCCACUACCCACAUGAAUAGGCUUUGCAGGUAAGCUGUCAAGCAACCAACAUUAUCCUGCAACUAAAGGACUUCUGAACACGUGCCCUCAGAUGGCAAGGUAUGGCAAUUUCUGCUUGCCCAAGAUAAAGAAUUCACAAGGAGCAUCCUGCAUCAGGUUAGAUUAGCCACAGGGCAGACUUUGCCAAUAGUUUCAACGAAGCGAUAUUGCUGAGAGGAAGUUUGGUGAGUAUGAACUGGGUUUAAAAGUCUGAGACAUUUGGAAAUGUCCAGAGUGUGUAGCCUAUGUGACAGUUCCAGCUAAACAAGGACUGUGGGUAAACUGGCUAUAAAAAUUCUAUACUGUGUGCAGUGUAGGUUCUGCAUGGCGCCAGGUGAUUCCAUUGUGGCACCAAGGACUCAUUUGUUAUUCUAGGCUCCAAACCUCAUAACAUGGCUAACUAGAUUAUGCCAGGUAAAUCUGUUGCUUAUUUGGAAGUCACCAGUGAGCAUGAGCAGCUCACAGUUGACUGAGCUCUAAUCAACAGUACUGGAGAGAAAUUACACACUACCUAUUUGGUAGUAAUUGAUAUUUUGAAGCAUAACACAGUAGUAGAAGAAAGUAGUGGAAUCAACAGCAGCAAUUCAUUGCUCAUGAUAAUAUAAAAUAUUUUGUCAUUUCAGAUUUGCAACAUAUCGUAAAUUCCAAAGAAUUGUUAAGAUGCACUGUUGAUUUUGAAUGUUUUAUUCCUGCUAUAUUGUGGACCAACAUACUUUUAUAAACAGUUCGUUAUUAUGAUCAUUGCAAGCUUACCUAUCAAAAAGCAAUGAUUUUAUUGGAAUGUGCUUCUAUACACAUUUAGCAGCCUCAAUUCUUAAAAUGCCAGCUGUUAUUCACGUGUGACCUUUGACAGUCAACAUUGGUAGGUUGUCCAACCUUAGAUUUUGGGGAGGAGGCUUAAAGAUUCCAGUACUGUACUCGUAUUACUUCCAAAGCUGCAAAUAACAACAUGCGUCAUUGAAUAGUGAUUAGUGGAAACUUUAGCUAAGUUUAUUUCCUUCUCCUUGCUCCAGAGGUGAACCCAAACGUAGUUCCUCCACUACCACCAAGGCAGAGAGCUUACUCAGCACAGACAUGGAACUUUAUGUUCUGUCUGGCUCUGCCACACUUCAGAUAAAUUUACUGAACCAUCAGAGGAGUUGACAGAGCAUUUGACUUGAUUAUUUACUGUGGGUGCUGAUACUGAAUUUGUAAUGAAGUAGCAUCUUCAAACUGGUUUGAGUAGUGUGCUGUAUUUUUCCAGAACAUGGAUUAAUAAAAAAAACAGGUUCUUGAAGAAGCAUUAUUUUGAACUUUUAGAGGAGCUGCUGAUGCCAGAUUGAGCCUGCUUACUCACCCUGUUGUACUAAUGUCAAAGACUAAAUUACUGUACUGAAUUUGAUAUCUGCUGGGGCACCACCUAUUCAGUUUUCAGGUCAAAGUGGGAAAGUUACGUGGGGCUUCCUCACUAGGAGGAAAAGUAAAUAAAGAACAUCUUUCCACUUUAAUUUGGGGCAGCACUGAGCAAAGUAAUAUUAAGAAUAUAGAAGGAGCUUUAUAAUGAGAUAACUGACUUUUCUAAACUUUUAGCUGUGUUUGCCAAGAAAUGUGAGCUAAUGCCAGAAGGAUGUCGUUCAAAGACCAUAGAAAGUUACUGCACAGAACGAAGCCACUUUGUAAGAAAAUAAGAAUUAGUCAGUUAUAGGUCAUUGUGCCCUACAUAUCCAUUCAAUAAGGUAACUAACUAAUUUUCAACAUCAACUCCAGUUUUCAGAAGCUCUCUAAUUACAGGUUUCUGAAGAUUCACAACCCAUUGAGCAAAUUAUCUUUUUCUUUGUAGGUGAACAUGUAUAUUGAUAUCUAGAUUCCCAGUAUCUAUCUUGUUAAACCCUUAAGAAUGUUUCCAUGAGAUAGCUAGGUUAUAUAAGUUCUGGCCCAAAUUAAGUUUGCCUCAGACAACAAAUUCCCGAAUCCUAGGAUCAGUCUGUGAACUUGCGCUAAUACUCCCUUGAAAUCCAGUUUAUCUUGGGCAAGAAGAAGAAAACCAUGCAAAUUAUUCUAGGUUUAGUCACACAAAGCCUUUUCGGAGUUACUUCUUUAUAUGUAAAAUAAAAUGUAUACUUGUCAUAUUUUAUUAUUUUCAAUUAAUGUCUUGUCUUUGCCCCCAAAAAAUAGUAUCUGCUUUCUCUCCUCCUUCCCCCCCCUUACAAAACUGUGCAUGCAAUCUUCCUCAAUAUCCAUUUUAAAAUGCAUGUAGGGAGUCAAAACCAAUGCAUCCCUGUUCAUAGUUGCAUGCAACCUUUAGGAUGAAGCUUGUCAUAUUUAGAUAAUCUGUAAGUAAUAUAUCACAUUUCAUUGUACAGUAUUGGCUUCUUAAUGGUUCUGGAAUGAUUUUUUGUGCUUGUUUAAUGUUUCUGUUAUUCCUUAUUCAUCCGGCUUUUGUCUACAAAAAUGCAAUAUUACUUGGCCAUUUUGACUCUUCUGGCGUACAUCCAAGGAAGGCUUUUCAGUCUACUCUUAGCUCUCUUGGCAUUUCUUUGUACUUAUUUUCUUUACCAAUUUUUAUCACUUGCUGAAAUCCCAUUAGUCCUCAGAGUUAAGCUAUUUUUUUUUGUAGCAUUUAAUACAUCUUCUUGAACAUACCAUUGUUUCUGAACUUUCUUCUCAGUCCAUCAUUGGGUUACUAACCAAAUAAUCACACAAUCCCUUUCUUUUCCCUGUGGCCUUGCAGUAAAUUUCCAGUAGACCCUCAGUGGCCAGUAAAGUGGUUACUGAGUGUAUGUUCAUGGUCUUCUACUGCUGUUGCCCCUGCACUCCAAGGUUCAAUGUGUUGUGUAUUCAGAGAUGCUCUUCUGCACAGCUCUGUUGUAAGGCAUGGUUAUUUGAGAUAUGUCACCUUCCUGUCAGCUUGAACCAGUCUGGCCCUUCUCUCCUCUGACCUCUGUCAUUAACAAGGCAUUUUCACUCAUAGAACUGCCACUCAUUGGAGACAGUUGUGCAUGAAAAUCCCAGGAGAUCAGCAGUUUCUGAGAUACUCAACCCACUCCAUCUGACACCAACAAUUAUUCCAUGGCCAAAGUCAGAUAGAUCAUUUUUCUUCCCCAUUCUAAUGUUUGAUCUGAACAACAACUGAACCUCUUGACCAUGCUGCGUGCAUUUAGGCAUAGAAUUACUGCCAAAAGAUUGCCUGGUUAGAUAUUUGCAUUAACAAGCAGGUGUACCUAAUAAAGUGGUCACUGAGUGUAUAUCUGAUUCCUUUUUUGAAGCUGCUGCUAAACAUACCUCGGUGUCCUUUGAGGCAUUUCAUAUCAAGUCGUCAUUGAUAUAUAAAAUAAAAUCUCAUUGCAUUGGAUUCCACUUAACUGGGACACAUCAGGACCAAUACAUUAUGGCCCAAUUAAGCGGCUGCCUCAAUUAGCUGAGGUUAAAAAGUUGAAAUAGGUUGGAAUAGGUUGAAGUUGAAAUAGUUAAAAGGGACAAACUACCAUUUAACUGAGUGAAACAUUAUGUAUUUAAAUGAAAUACAGAACAAAUUGGAACAGUACCGUAACAGUACUAUAAAACUGUGUAAUAGUUCCUAUUAGAUAUUGAUAGAGGAAUUCUUCUCCUGCACGUUGCCAUGAUCUUUCAAAUGACUAAGUCAAUAAAAUCAGUGCAGGUACAUAGCGGAUAAUCUUCAGUUUCAUUGUAACAUUCAAGACAACUGGCAACACUUUCAAAUUAUUCAUAGUUCCUAACUUGUUCCAGUAGUGAUAUUGUUUCAUUUUCACUCCCAGCCAUUUCUGGCAUCCAAGCCUGAAUGCUUGAAACAGCAGUGAGCAAAACAGUUCUGAAUUGUUUGACUGCAUGUUUCUCACUAUCUGUCAAUGAUAAACUACACUGCUUUUUGAAUCAGCAUCUGUCAUAUAAAAUAACAGGCACACGUAACUGAUGCUAUGUGAAAAAUGCUCGUUCUAAGCACGGUGUAGCGUCUAAGGGCCACACAAAUGCACACAGCUGGUCUCCUGUGGCAAAGCAUCCCAAAUAAAUGAGGGGAACUAGGGUGUUUUCUCGAUUUUUUUUAUUCUUUAUGAAUUGCCCCCAAUAGGCAGUUGCCCUAAUUAACUGAUGACCCAAUUAACUGGAAUCAAAAAUACUUUUUCCCUCAUAAUGUUGUCUUGACUCUAACCUCCCAGGGUAUUGAACUUUUUCUAUUACAUUAAAACCCUUCAUGAUUGUAAGUGCAUCUGUUAUGUCCACUAGUUAUUGUUUUUUUAUAUUCUGUUUUGGCAAGACCCUUGUCCUAUGUAUCAUGCUGAUAAAAUUACCCUGUAUCCUUACCAUGAUCUUGAUUUCUUUCCCAAAAUAUGAAGCCAAAACUUGGGUACAAUAAUUCAGCUGAGACAGAGACAGAGUUUAGCAAAAACUGCUACCUUUUGCCAAAGAGCACUUACUUUUAAUGGCAUAAGCAUUUUGUUCUACCAAGUUGUACUUUGAACUCCUAUUGUACCCUAUAUAAUAAUAACCAGUAAUCUUAUUUUGCUUCCCUCAUUAACUCACCAAAAUAAAUUUUGGUAACAAUGUCUUUGUAGUUAAAAUGGACAUCUAUGAAUCAAAGUGUUCUUAUGUUCUAAAGAAUGUUUAUUUUCCUGAAGUUAUUUUCAUUUAUGCUGCUUCAC